GCCAAAAGGCAUAUUUAAAUAUUUCCUCACCUUUUGAUACCAGCUUUAUUGCUGAAUUAGAAUAGUCAAGAGUUUUGAGGCAACAGCUAACAGAGUCAGCUUUAACAUUUUCCUUUUUUCAUACAACAUCACUACUGAUGUUUCAGGCCUGGUAUCUACAGCAAACCUUAACCACAUCUCCUUAAGAGCCAGGGUGCAGUAUUCAAAAUUCAGUCACUUAAUUCCUAUUCAGUACCUAGAAGAAACAGUAGAUUUUCGCCUGAUGAAUUUUUAUCAGAAGAGAGCUUUCUCUUACGCAAAUUCCUCUGUAAGAGUUACUGGUUUUGUAGUACAAAAAGAAACACAGACUGAAGACAUAUACUAUCUUUAGGGAAAUGCAAUGGGAUUAAUUCGCUUAUUGAACAAAGUUAUGGUGGGUUUUCUUGAUUUCCCCAGUCUUUUUCGUUAAUGUGCAGUCUAAUGCACAGACAAUGGGAUGACAAAGUUUUUUUCACAUUGGUAUAGUCUGUCCUCCACAUGGUUGCAUGAGAAUUUUGUGCUUUUGAGUGUUGCAGUCUUUCUGGCCGGCUCAUUCUCCUUCUUGGCACACUGGAAGCAAAGUGGGAGGCAAUUUGCUACCUAAUACGUACCUUCAAAAGCCUAAAGCACUCAACUGAUACAUCUCCUCCUCCCCAUAAUCUGCUUUAUCUCAGUCCGUAGGGCUAACAGCUUUGCUUAAUAAAAAAGCUGUGCCCUGAAAAAAAAUAAGCCUUUUGUUUUGAAUAACAAAUUGUGUUUUGUUAGAAGAUAUGAAUGGUCCAGAGUGAACAGUCUACAAUUCAUCAUGUACUGAACCAUUUCAGUAGGAACACACUAAUCCCAAUCAUUACAGAGCUAAUGAUGCAUUUUGGAGCAACUAAGUGGAGGAGGAGAGGUGGUUGUGGAAUGUUAAACCAAGAGGUGGGGGAGUAUAAUGUACUUACAGAUUUCUCAGGAAGCAGAGCCUACAGCUACGUUUUGAUUGUUCUUUUGAAUUUAGUAUUUUGUGCCUUAGCGAGUUCUGAAUGCAUGUUAUUUACAACUAACUAAAUACUCACAUUGUUUAUGGAAAAUGUUUUGGUUGUUCCCAGUCCGUUUUCAAAAUUAUCUGCUUGAAAUGCAAACUAUUUUCAUCAAGCAGCAGAACGGUUUGUCCCAAACAGACUCAAUUCCUAUAGAAUGGAGCAGCCCAAGGAUAACUGGCAGCAGUGCCUUCAUUGUUAGUUACUAUGGAGACAGCUCAGCCCAUGCAGACUAGCUGCUGGAGCAUACAGAAGGAUGCACAGCUCUCCUCAACUUCAGCACUGAGCAACUUGGAUUUCUGAUCAGUGCAUCCUCGGCACCCUUCCUAGACAGUAUCUGGGGCUGGUCAGUCAUGCAGGGUUCACCCCGAAGGCGUUCAGCAGUGAGUAUUUUUAGCAACUUUUUCCAGGGUCGGAGGCAUUCUUCCUCCGAUCCCCUUCUUCGCAUAAUCCAGAGGCGCCGGAGCUCAGUUGUAGAGGUGCUCUCAUCAUCGACUCACCGGGUUAUGGUGGCAGUGUCGUCUCUGAGCCCUGAGGAGCUGGAUGCAACUUUUCCUGAAAAAAAAAGAAGUUCAAGGCGUCCGACAGCAAAAUACACUAAAGUAGGGGAGCGCCUUCGCCAUGUCAUUCCUGGUCACAUGCAGUGCUCAAUGGCAUGUGGUGGACGUGCUUGCAAGUAUGAAAACCCGGCUCGAUGGAGUGAGCAGGAGCAAGCCAUUAAAGGGCUCUACUCUUCUUGGAUAACAGAUAACAUACUGGCUAUGGCUCGACCCUCAACAGAAUUAAUUGAAAAGUACAACAUUAUUGAACAGUUUGAAAGAUGUGGCAUAAAAACCAUAAUUAACCUUCAGCGUCCUGGGGAGCAUGCAAGCUGUGGAAAUCCACUGGAACAAGAAAGCGGCUUCACCUACCUUCCUGAAGCUUUUAUGGAGGCUGGAAUUUAUUUUUAUAAUUUUGGAUGGAAGGAUUAUGGAGUGGCAUCUCUCACUACUAUACUUGAUAUGGUAAAAGUCAUGGCUUUCGCCUUGCAGGAAGGGAGGGUAGCUGUUCACUGUCACGCAGGACUUGGUCGGACAGGUGUACUAAUAGCUUGCUACUUAGUUUUUGCAACAAGAAUGAGUGCUGAUCAAGCAAUUCUUUUUGUCAGAGCAAAAAGGCCUAAUUCUAUUCAGACUAGAGGGCAGUUGUUAUGCAUCAGAGAAUUCACUCAGUUUUUGGUUCCUCUGAGAAAUGUAUUUGCAUGCUGUGAGCCCAAGGCACACACAGUGACACUGUCCCAGUACCUGACCCGUCAGAGACAUCUGCUCCAUGGUUAUGAGAGUAGGCAUCUCAAACAUGUGCCAAAACUUAUUCAUCUAGUUUGUAAAUUGUUGCUAGACUUGGCUGAAAACAGACAAGUGAUAGAGGCAGAAUUGUUAGAUAUACCAGAUCUCUCAGCUGAAAUUGAAAAGACUGUGUCUCAGUUGGUGUCCACACAGCUAGAUAGAGAACUCGCAAGGCAGGACAGUGAUACGUCAGACUCCUCCCACACCCAGUCGUCCACUUUCGAGACCCAGGAUUCUCUUUUCUCCCUGGGACAUGAAUGUGAUCCUCUUUGGAAAAGAAGGAAUGUGGAAUGCCUUCAGCCUCUUACUCAUCUGAAAAGGCGUCUAAGCUAUAGUGAGUCAGAUUUAAGGAGAACUGAGUUUCUUUUAGACCAAGGAGAAACUGCAUGGACAGUACCUGCUCAGAUAUUACUGUGCAACAAACUUAAGCAGAACAGUGGUGAGGAGUGUUCUGCCACAGGUGAACAAAAGCCACAGUUGGAUUUAAACAAAGAAGCAUUAGUGCGUAAUACAUGCAUGUUCUGGAGUCAAGGUAAAUUUAAUUUGGAUGGACAAAAAGGUGGAUCCUCACUUUAUCACAGAAGGACCUCUACCAAAGAAGUACAACGCAGCAGAACCUUUUCUUCAGGUCUAGCAUCUAUCCAUAAUACCAGGGAACCUGGAACACCAAGGCAUAAUUUUACCAAUGAGAUUGGUCAUAGGAAGGACCACAAGACUAAUAUGUAUAGCAGAAGAGUCUAUGUCUCUGAGGACUCUGAUUCUUCUUCUUCUUCUAAAGUGAACUUUUCCAUUGGAUAUGAAAGCCAAGGUAGCAAAGAUGCGUCAGAGACAAUUCCACACAUUGUUCUGCAGUCAGAAUUAAGUUUGGAAGCCCGAAGAGUUUUGGCAGCAAAAGCACUUGCAGAUAUAAAUGAAUUUUUGGGAGAGGAUGAAGUGAAGCAGAAGGUAGAAAUGUGGCAGAAAGAACUGAAUUCUCGAGAUGGAGCUUGGGAUAAAAUCUGUACCGAGAGAGAUCCUUUUAUCCUCUGUAGCUUGAUGUGGUCCUGGAUAGAGCAGCUGAAAGAACCUAUUGUAUCCAAAGGUGAUAUUGACAUGCUGGCAAAAAAUUGCACAGAAUCACAGGAUGCACUUUACUUACUGAGAAAGGAACAGUGUCAGACUAUCCUUUGUAUUUUACACUGCGUGGUGAACUUGCAAAUGCUACCAGCUGAUGUGGAGGAGGCCUUACUUGCUCGUGCUAUUAAAGCUUUCACUAAGACUAGCUUCGAUUCUGAAAAUGGACCAUAUGUUUACAAUACCUUGAAAAAAGUAUUUAAACAAACACUGGAAGAAAAAAGAAAAAAUCUUAAGGAAGGAACAGAGAAUCCCUCUUGAUUUCUGCACAGCUAUGCUGAAGAAUUAGAUGGGCCUACCAAAUUAUUUUGCAUUUUCCAGCUACUGUAUUUUGUGCUAUCUGGCAUGAUUUACCUAAUUUUAGGUAAUAGUAGUUAUUAACAAAGCAUUUUAUUUUUUAGAGGGCGUUUUAGUGACAAUUGUUCUACCUACACAGUUCUAAAGAACAGCUCCUGUGUGACCGUACUGUAGCAUUUGGUUUCAGGUACUAUGCUUUUAUAUUGUGAACUGUUCUCUUGUUUUCAAAUGUAUUUGUUGAUUUAGAAACCUCUGUCAUUGGCAAGCAACAUUAUUUUCAAGUUACACAAUUGCCAUUAAGUUCAGUGCCAUGGUACACAAAGGUUUAAUGGAUUGAGUUAAUAUUUAUGUAUUACGUAUGUUUACAUUAAUGUUAUUUGAUUUUACUUUGCAGAAAAUAAAUAUUGACUGAACUUA